AUGUUGGUCUAACAACAAUAAAGAUAGAUGACAAUGGCACCUAUUCCAGGUAAUGCAAGAAAGGUUAUUGAAAACUUCAGUUAUGCAUUAACAGAUGCAAUAGGGAAGGGUUUUAGUUCAAUAGUUUAUAGAGGUAGAAAUGAUGAAACAAAUGAGAUUGUUGCUAUAAAAGUGAUUGAUAAAAAGGGACUUAAAACACCAUUACAUUAUUAACUUUUAAGAUCAGAAGUUGAAGCAUUAUCCUAAUUAAACUCAAACAAUAUUAUGAGAUUAUAUAAGGUUUAUUACACAGAGAAUAAUACUUAUUUAAUAACAGAAUAUUGUGAUUCAGGAGAUUUGGGAUCUCUUUUGAGUAAAUAAGGAAUAUAAAAGGAAGGAUAAUUAUAAAAACUAUUCUUUGGAAUAAUAUAAGGGUAUAAAUAGAUGAAAUAAAAGGGUAAAAUAUAAAUUUAGAUAAUAGGAAUUGUACAUAGAGAUUUAAAACCAGCUAAUAUAUUAUUGAAAGGAUAAGUUCCUAAAAUAGCAGACUUUGGGUUUGCAACAACUCCAUAGACAGUAUCUACAAUGCCAAAUGUAAAUGUAGGAUCACCAUUGUAUAUGAGUCCUUAAGCAUUUAAGAAUAGAUAUUCUGAAAAAUCUGAUAUUUGGGCUUUAGGUGUAAGUUUAUUUGAAUUGUUAUUUGGAUAAGUUCCUUGGUAAGCAGCAAGUGAAAGAGAAUUAGCUUAAAAGAUGGCAACAGUUCCUGUGAGUUUUCCAGGAUAUGUAUCUGAUGAAUGUCGAGAUUUUAUUUAGAGAUGUUUAAUAGUGGAUGAAAAUAGAAGAGCAACAGUUGAAGAAUUAGAAAGACAUUAAUGGUUAUAAAAAUAAGACUUAUAAGUAAUUUAAGGAAAUGGAUUUUCAAGUAUGUUUAGAGGAAAUCAUGGUUGUUCUUAAUCUAAUUAAUUAUAAUUUCAAAAUAUUUAAAGUAAUGGUUGUUUAAGUACUGCAUCUCCUUUAGGGGAAACUUAAAAUAAAUAAUUGAUAUAAAUACAACCAAGAGAAAGCAAUUAUGGUAAAGAAAAUAAUACUUCAUCUAUUUCUAAAUAAUCUAAUACCCCUAUUUAAUAAUAAUAAUAAUAACCUUUAAGGUCAAUAAAAAGAGUUUAAGAAUCAAGAAAAGAAUCAUUAAUGAAUUAAUCUAUGAAUCAAGAAUAAUAUACUAGUAAAAGAGAAGAUGAAUGGAAUGAUAAUAAGAAAAAUGAUUAUAUAAUCGUAGCUUAAAUGAACUUUUGUAGAUAUUUAUAUAGAGUUGCAGCUUUGAUUGAUAAAUAUAGAUUUGUUGCUACAUCUUAUUUAAGAGAAAAGCUAUUAUUUUUGGUUAAUAAAAAUAUCAUGAUUAAAAUGAAUAAUCUUAAAGAACUCAUUGAUGGUCAUAAUACACUUAUUUUAGAUAAAUUCUAAUAAUAUAUUUCAAAUCCUUAAUUUGGUAAAUUGAGUGCUGCUAUCAAUUAAUAUAAUCAAAAAUAUACCUUAUAAUUCAAUACUGUUUGGUUAUCAUUAUAGAAUCCAGAAUAAAAAUAAUUAUUAGUUGUAGAUAAAAAGUUUGAUGCUGUUUUUGAUGAUAAUUUUACUGAAUAUGAAUCUUUCUAUAUUAUACUCAAUUCCAUUCUUAGAAGUGCAAUUAAAGAAAUUGAAUACUAACUUGAAUAGCAGAUAACCUUCUAAGAUCCACAAUAAUUAUUACCAAUUGAUAUUGAAGGAGGUGUAAUAUUAUUAGAUUAUUUGAUUACUUACUUUUAAUUGGCAUCCCUCAUUUAAGAAUGUUUUGAAGAUCCGUAUGGAUUUGCUGUAGAUUCUAAAAUUGAAUAAAUUGCUGAUGGUAAACCUGUAAGAUUGACUUUCGGACAUUAUUUAGAAAUCAGAAAUAAGAUUAAAUAACUUGAUAUUUGA